CCCAAACCUAUCCUUUGUUCAUUGCAUAACUCCACAGACUUGUGAGAAUUGGAGUUGUGUCCAAAAACAAACACAAGAGGCACUUUUCUUGUGUUGUUUUUCUUCUUCUUGUUCUUCAAUUCCCUCCUUUGACUUUCAAGAACACCAUUUUCGCCUGAACCUCCUAACACAUGGUUUAAGGUUGCAACAAGAUUUAAUUUUCUGGGAAGUUGUGUCAUUGGGGGGAGUUAAAACAUAAAACAUAAAACCUUGGUUUCUCAUCAUAACUACCCUUAACUUCUUCAAACCUUACCUCUAUACAUUCAUAUUCAUCUUGCAAAGUGCAUGCACAAACAAUAAAUAAAUAAACAAAGCCUUAUUUAUUGUUGUGUUGGUCUUGUUUUUCAUAAUAAUUAAGAAACAUGGUUGAGAAGGUUGCCGCCACUGCCACCACCACCGCGAAGAACCACCACCAAUCAUUUGAUCUCUCCAUUGACAUGCAUCAACAAGGAGGCUCCAAGUUGUUCGACGACGAUGGCCGCCUCAAAAGAUCUGGUACGAUGUGGACGGCGAGCGCCCACAUAAUAACAGCUGUGAUAGGGUCAGGGGUGUUGUCCCUGGCUUGGGCCAUAGCUCAGCUCGGAUGGAUCGCCGGACCGGCCGUCAUGAUUUUGUUCUCCUUGGUCACUUACUAUACCUCUUCACUCCUCGCCGCUUGUUACCGUUCCGGCGACCCUGUCACCGGAAAAAGAAACUACACUUACAUGGAUGCGGUUCAUGCAAACCUUGGUGGCUUGAAGGUCAAGCUUUGUGGGCUAGUUCAGUAUACUAACCUUUUUGGAGUAGCCAUUGGUUACACCAUAGCUUCUGCUAAGAGCAUGGGGGCUGUAAGAAAAUCUAUCUGUGUUCAUGCAAGCAGAGGAAGGAACCCAUGCCAUACCAAUGGCAAUGUUUACACAAUUGCAUUUGGAAUAGCUGAACUUUUUCUCUCUCAAAUCCCAGAUUUUGAUCAGUUAUGGUGGCUUUCAAUUCUAGCUGCUGUUAUGUCCUUCACAUACUCAACAAUUGGUCUUGGCCUUGGAGUUGUUAAAGUUAUAGAAAACAAAGUGAUUAAGGGAAGCCUAACAGGGGUGACAGUUGGUCCUUCUGUCACUGAAACUGAAAAAGUUUGGAACACCUUUGAAGCUCUUGGUGACAUAGCCUUUGCCUACUCAUACUCCAUGAUUCUUAUUGAAAUUCAGGACACAAUAAAAUCCCCACCAUCAGAGGCAAAAACAAUGAAGAAAGCAACAUUCAUCAGUGUGGCAGUAACCACCUUCUUCUACAUGCUAUGUGGCUGCUUCGGCUACGCGGCGUUCGGGGACAAGGCCCCCGGAAACCUGCUAACCGACGCCGGAUUCUCGAACCCUUUCUGGCUGCUAGACAUAGCCAACAUUGCCAUAGUAAUCCACCUUGUAGGAGCAUACCAAGUGUAUUGCCAACCCCUCUUCGCCUUCAUCGAAAAGUAUGCAAGCAAGAAGUUCCCAGACAGUGAUUUCAUUAACAAAGACAGCGAGAUCUGUGUCCCAGGUUGUUCCAAACCAUACAAGCUCAAUCUCUUCAGGCUAACAUGGAGAACAGGAUUUGUGAUCUUAACAACAUUGAUAUCCAUGUUGCUUCCUUUCUUCAACAACAUUGUUGGACUUCUUGGUGCUCUUGGAUUCUGGCCUCUAACGGUUUAUUUUCCGGUUCAAAUGUAUAUUAUUCAGAAGAGAAUACCGAAAUGGAGCACCAAAUGGGUGUGUCUUCAAGUUCUUAGUCUUGCAUGCCUUGUCAUUUCUCUUGCUGCUGCUGCUGGAUCCAUUGCUGGGAUUGUUGAUCAGCUUCAUGAUAUUAAGUUGUUUGGUUCUGAAUAUUGAUCAACAUCCAUGGAACAAUAAAUAACACUCUGGUUACCAUUUUCAUAUAGGAAGGUUUAAGAAACAAGAAACAAAAAAAAAAUCAUAUAUUAUAUAUAUAUAUAUCAAAGUUAAUACAAGUUUUUGAAGUUCUUGUUUUUUAAUGUUUAUAUUAUAUAGCCUUGGCUGGGAUGGUAAUCUUGUUGUUUAUUGCUUAAUUAAUUAGCAAUCCUUUUUUUUUAAUGUUUAAUUUCUCUUACUUUGUAACUUGUUCUGAGUUCUAAUACAAAGUGGAAGAAAUGAAGCAAAAGAGGUUUGGAGUUCAAA